AUGGUUCAAGACAUGAGGCUGCUAGCCAGAAUGUUUCAGGAUGUGAAGGGCCGAGCGCAAUUGUGCGGAGCGGAGAUGCCGGUGCUGUCUGCGUCGUCCUGCGGCCGUCCCGCAACUCCGCUAGAACGAAAUGACAGCGGUUCCAGCUCCCCACGCUCCACUCUGGACUCUCACGAUUUCAGCCACGGUAUCCACCGUGCCAGCGUGGCGGCAGCUGAGGCUUCUGGCAACGUUCCUCGCAUUACGCGGAGCAUCACCAUCAAGCGAUUACGCCAAGAACCGGCUCAAACCGCGCAGCACUCCCCCAAGUCGCUCACUUCCCCUACGUACUCAGGCAAUUGGUCUUUUGCAGGAAUGAGACAGCCUGCAGAGCCUCUGGUGUUUGACUGGUACACCGUGAUGGCGGGCGAAGGCGGUACGGGUAAUUUUCUUAGCGCAGCUUUCGACCUCAAUGAGGAGUAUCAUGAUCUUCCAGACUGCCAACUGCCCAAUGCCCCGAUUGAUCUAACCGGGGACCGCGAUGCCGACACGGAAUUCGAGGCAGCUGUUGGGGGCGAUGUGUUCCUGGAUGCUCAGGAGGAAUUUCCGGCCUCGAACCCUGAAGUCGGGGUCGAGGGAAAUGUGGCUGAGGGCGGAAUUCCGAGGGGCGGAAUUCCGAGGGGGGUGUUCAUUGAUCUCGCGGAAGAUGACGACGACCCCCACCGAGCGUUGUUUGAGGAGAAUUGGGAGGAAAAUGCUAGCCGAAGCCCAACCUCUGAAGAUAAUGCCACCCGGCGAAGUCUUUUUGGGGAACCGCCCCGUGGCAAUGUGAACGGCCCAGAAUCACAGGCAUCGCCACAUGGAAGUGCACAUGGUGUCGGAUCGUCGGCUGCGCCCGCGGGAAAUGCUGAGGGACAAGAACCAGAGGCUGCGCCACAGGGAAAUGCGGAGGGGCAAGCAUCGCAGGCCGCGCCUCAGAGAAAUGCAGAUGGGCCAGCAUCAGCAACGCAUGAGUCAGUUCGAAAACAGGCCGACGUGGCCAGCAGGAUUCGCCGCGCAAAAAUCCCUUUUGAUUAUCUCGCGGCGAAAACCAGAAAAGACUACAUCCUGUAUUGGCUGCACUACAAGUGGUGGGUCAUCAUGUUCAUGUCAACGUUGCCCAAGACUGAGGUCCCGGCGGAGGAGCGUCUGAACCCGCUGGCGCCUGACGAGGUUGGAAUCCAUCUGGGGGACGACAAAAAGGCGGAGUGGUCAACUGUGGAUUUGGAUGAAGUUUAUCUCCACGGGCCCCGUGUUACUGGAUGGAGGAUUCAGAGGUUCCUGCGGUACAUGGCAGAGGAAACCCCCGCGCAGGCCGAGAUGAUGCGUAGGGGCGAAGAAGUGGUGGCUGGAAAGGAGCCCAUCCCUAGUACGCCGAGCAUGAUGAAGGCAAAGAUGAGCGCUUUGGGCUUCCUGGGCAGACUUGAAGCUCGACUCUACGACUACCCGAAGGCCCAAGCAAAUGAGUACAUCGGCGAAGCGCGGGAGUACAUGAAGCUCAAGCUGAAACAGCUGCACGACAAGCAGUUUGAGGAGGGCAAGGAUCAGCACCGAAACUCUCUGGACGAUUGCUACACGUCGGAGCAGUACGCGGACCUGCACGAAAAGCACUUUUUGAGGGAAAUCAAAUUGUGCUACCAGAGAACCAGGAUUGCAUUAUCAGAAAGUCUCUGGCGGUGUUUUGCGGUGCAGGUGAUGAUUCAGCUCGCACACCAAAUGUUGGGAAGGGGAUGCAGCAUUCGUGCUCUUCGAUUCGCCAACAUGUUUGUCCGCCACACGCGUAGCAGCACGGCCGUCCCCGACCGCCAGAAGGAUCUCCUUGUUGUGGUUUUCGCCUCUCGAAAGUCCAAGACGAAUGCGACCAACAGGCUGACCCACCAAUUCUUGGCCCGGCACAUCAACUUCGCGCUCUGCGGUGUUGGUGGUCUUUUUCUGUGGAUUCAUUUCGUCUACGACCUCAUGCCUCUGCGAUUCGGAGCGGACAUCAUUCCGCCACUGGACUUCAGCGACCCCCUCCAGUGGUCAAAGAAGCACAUUUUUUUCCCAUUGAGGCACGGAAGGGAACAACUGCAGGAAGAGCUUCCGUACGUGACUCACAACAACUGGAUUAAUUGGGUCAUGCACGAAGUAGCUCGACCGCCCUGGCGGAUUAGCAAAAAGACCCAUGCGUUUCGCAGGUCGGGAGCCCAAGGCCUGAGUGACGAUCGCUGUCCCGACCCCGACAUCAACGCUCUCGGCGGCUGGGAGCAGGGCGAGAUGCGAAAAUCCUACGUCGUGGGAGAUGCGAUCUACAAGCUGAACUCAUCCCGAAAGUACCAGCAGCUCCUGGUGGAGAACAACCUGUACCGGACGGAAUGUGGUCAGAAGGAUCACGAGAUCGGCGAGCUGAAGAACAGGCUCGCUGAAACCGAAGAGAGGGAGAAGAAGACGGCCGCUGAAAACGAGCAGCUCAAAGCGGAGCUGGCUGCUCUGAAGGCGCGUGCAGGGAGCAGCGCGAACGCACAGGCUGCUGAUCGAGGGACGGGCUCGUCGACAAUGGAGGAAGCUGGCGGGGAGGCUCCGAAGCCCCAGAAGGCACAAGUCACCACUCCAGUGCGGGCAUUUUUCGACCUUGUCGUUAAACCCUGGCGGGACUCGGAGACGGUCGCAGAGGCAUGGGAACACUGGGUGAAGGUGACAUUUUUGAUGGACGGAAAGACUCUCCGCCAGCUGUCGUCCGAAAAAAGUUUCUACCCCACUUUCUCGUACAUUGAGAAGGGUGAGAAGGACGAUACUGGCGACAAAAAAAUGAAGCGGAUGAGGAACGUGAUGCUCACCGUCGAGAAGUACAGGGCUAAUGAAUCGGAGGAGGCCACCCGAGAUGCCAUUGCGAAGAUCCAAAAGGACGUGGUGGAUCGGAGUUCGAUCAGCGCUCUGGCGGAUGGCGUGAUUCUCGGAAACGAGCCACCUCCGAAGAGGGAUAAUCCCGGCAAGGAUAAGACGACGGAGAACAAGCGCCGCAAGGUCGGGUACCUCUUCUUCGCCGCCCAGAUGGAAGGUGACGCGUGGGGAGAGAAGAUGUUUGGGGAAGAUGUUUGGAAGCAGAUCAAGAUCGACGAGCCAAAGAAGCUGGCUAAACUGAAGAAGUAG